AUGAAUGACACAAGUACAAUGGCGAAUGAUGGGAAAGACUCAGCGGAUGUGAUUGUUGGAUAUGUUGCACUCUUCGUCUCAUGUGCAGCGUUCGGCACGAUGUUUGCCCCAAUGCGCAAGGUGGACAGCAGAGACGGCUUCUUUGUGCAAUGGGUGCAAUGCAGCGUCGUAUUCCUUUUUGGCUUCACCAUCAACAUCAUACGCGACUUCCCGAAAUUCGAGCCGGUGGCGGCGAUUGGCGGCAUUUUGUAUGCCACGGGUAACCUAUUCUCGAUCCCGAUCGUGGCGAAGCUGGGCGGCGGGCUAUCGCUAUUGAUCUGGGGCUCAAUACAAGUGCUCGUCGGGUGGACGGUGGCUCGGUUUGGGUUGCCGUUCGAUUUGCUGGCCGCGUCUCCAGUCGAGCACAAUUUCCUCAAUUAUUUGGGCAUGCUGCUCACGUUGAUCUGCGGCGUCCUGUUCGUCUUCGUCAAGCACAGGGCCGAGGAGCCGGAUAAUUCGGAAAAGGCCGAUGAUUCUGACCGAAACACAGAUGUCGAAAUAACGGAAAAGAGUGACCCAAUGCGGGUCGAUCUGAUGAGAAAAUUGCCG